AAUCCACAUCAAAGCAUCCUGACCUUCUGCUCCUUCAUUCUCCUGCCGCAAUGGCGAAUGUGAACUCUCCUCGCCUCGACCAAUUGAGGAAAACCCUCCGUCCAUUGACAUUUGCUGUGUUUGCCGGUUCGCAAAUUCUUGAUAUCCUAAAUGUUACCGGCGUGACCUUUGCUCUACCAAGUAUCUCGGAGAAGUAUGGGAUCCCGGAGACGGAGGCUAGUUGGGUACUCUCUGCGUACUCGCUCACGUUUGGAUCUUUUUUGUUGAUAGCGGGAAGACUUGGUGAUGUGAUAGGGCAUCAUACGGUGUACUCCGUUGGUCUCCUUUUCUUCUCCAUCUGCUCUGCCAUCUGCGCUGGGGUCGACAACGUUAUAGCACUUUAUGUAGUGAGAGCACUUCAGGGUAUUGCAGCAGCGUGCACAAUCCCAACUUCCUAUGCACUCGUAGCAACCACAUUCACGGGGAAAAGCCAACAGAUGGCAAUUAGUGGUCUGGGUGCUUGUCAGGCUACUGGAGCCGUUGUCGGAACUCUAGUGGGUGGUGCCUUCACCACUACCUCUCUAGGUUACAAAGGACUCUUCUGGCUCUCCUUCGCCCUAUCGAUGAUAUUCGCGGUGCUGGCCUUCAUUCUCAUUCCCCCAAGUCCCACCAACUUCCCCAUGGCGAAGAGACUGGACUACCCGGGCGCGGUCUUUAUAACCGUUGGCGCCCUUCUCCUCGUCUUCGGCUUCACCGAAGCGCCCACAGACUGGCAGCAAGCAAAGGUGAUCGCACCCAUCGUCCUCGGAGGCGCAAUCAUCAUCUUCUUCCUCGUAUGGGAGGAAUUCAUUUUGGAGAAAUACUUCUCCUUGGAACCCCUGAUCCCCAGGAAAGUCUGGUCGUACCACAACUUCGGCCCCGUCCUGUCGAUAACCGGCUUCACCUACGCGACCUUCUUCAUAAUCCUCCUGAACGGCAGCCAGUUCCUCAUCCGCGUGCAGGAUAGGUCGCAAAUGACGGCCGCCAUCCAAUUCCUCCCGACCUCAGUCACAGCCCUGAUAGCCAUGUUCGCCCUGGGCGCGGCGUACGGCCGGGUGCCGCCAAAGUGGGUGAUAGCGGUGGGCGAGAUCCUGGCCAUCGUCGGUAUCCUCCUCUUCUCGCGCAACGAGGUGGACACCAACUUCUGGAGGUACACCUUCAGCGGCGAGGUCGUCAUGAUCAUCGGCAUGGCCGGCUACUUUGUCAAUUACCUCAACGUGGCCAUCUCCAGCGCGCCCAACGAGAUGCAGGGCCUCAUCGCGGGCAUCUUGCAGACGGCGGCGCAACUGGGCACCGCUCUGGGGUUUGCCAUCGCGAGCUCCCUGAUUCGUGGCGAGACGAGGGAGGAACUGAAGGAGGCUUACAGAAACUCGUUCUAUACCGCUAUCGCCUUUGCCGCCGCGAGCUUUAUCCUUGCCGUCCUGUUCAUCAAGAGUUCCAUGGUCCCCCAAGGGGAGAAAUCGGAGGAGGCGGAAGGUAUUGUGAGCGAAGGGAAGGCGGUCAGUGAUGGCGAGAGCACAACGGUAGGUACAGCAAUGGGGAGUAGGUAUCCGUCGGUGGAGAAGAGUGAGGUUUAAAGUGAGCAGUUUUUUUUCUUUCAAUUUCCCUGGUGUACUGUACUGUACUCCCGUCCAUCACAUUUUUUUUUUUUUUUUUUUGAAAACCAUGGAGGGGAGCUUCUCCUUUUUUUUUUUCUGUGAGCGUUUCUACUACCACGAUAGAUCAGAUUGUCUAUGACAUUUAAUAUCGCAGAGACAUGUUACGAUACCUAGAAUUGAGCUGGGAGGAAAGGGGGGGGGGGGCGGUUCCUAACCCCGGGGGACUGGGUUGAUACUUUUUGUUCAUCCCUAGCUAUACAAUAUGUUAACAUUAAAA